AUGUUGCGACCUCUUGUCCUUCUCCUCGCUUCUACUGCCUUCAGUAGUAGCAGUUUCCACACCUUUCAUAAGCGCAGCCUUCUCGGCCCCAUAGCGACCGACUCUCCCCAGAGUAUUGCAGGCGGCACGGUCGAGUGCGAGGCUCCUCCAGUGACUUCGUUCUUUGAUGGGCUAAAACCUCCGUUCCCAACUAACUCGUGGUGGGCUCCUUAUGCCGCUCCUCCUGGAAAUGCAACUGCGGCUGGACCAUUCCCAUAUGCAUCUGCCCUGUAUGGCGAUGGCGUCGUCUUCGGCAUCAGUACGAAGCGGCAAUUUGAUGGGACUUCCAUCCACCAACCUACACAAAGCGACUGGCGUGCGACCUUUGCAGAACAUUCUGGUGAAUUUGCAAAUCACAAGGCAACCGCGUUUGACACACAGAGUGUAACCGUCCAGUACGUCCAAGGCAGCGCGGCAAUGACAUUUUAUGCUGUCCCUGGGUCACCAUACCUGACAUUCCAAUACAACCAUUCCACACCAUUGCUGACAGCAAUGAAUGGUGGAAUCAAGUCAUUCAACAACCAGACACUCUCUAUUGGCGCAAAUGUGACGGCUACUGGGACUGAAUUCAGCGUCACUGAUACCUCCAACUCAACCUAUCUCAUAUAUGCUCUCUCACCUAUCACGCUCACGGCCACUUCAAAUUCGUCCGAUUUGGGGAUAAUCAGCGCUUCAAACACGUUCACUGGAGUCCUCCGUCUUGCCAUGCUCAACGAAACCUCCCACAAGACACUCCUCGACCAGUAUAGUGGCGUGUACCCAACCUCUGUUGGACUUGACUAUUCGUGGACGAACUCCACGGGUUCACUCGUCUUCAACUGGGAUACUGCUGGCAAUGGGACGGACCUCCUCAUGUUGACAUGGCCACACCACCGAAUUGCGAUGCAGAAAUCGAAUUACCCUGAAACAACGACACUGUCAUAUUUAACAACUAAGGGGUAUAUGUACCCUGCACUUGGUAAGCAGUGGGAGUUGCAAUAUAAUCUCACAUCGAGCCUGUGGGACCCUCCUCGUGCGCUUGACAAGUCAUGUUCGUCUUCUGUCAUUGAAGGUCUUGAGUAUGAAGUUGGGCAGCUGAAUAUAAGUAAUGCACCUGUUCCAGGUGACUUUUAUUUCUGGGGUGGCACAUUGAACUCCGUAGCGCGGCUGGCAAUUAUUGCAGACAACCUCGGGCGUCCUGAUCUCGUCCAACUCGUUGUACAAUAUCUCGAGGCAUCAUUUGAAUAUUGGUUCAACUCCUCCGCGGUGACCUUGGCAGCAUACGAGACCACAUGGGGCGGUGUUGUUGAUAAGGCCGGUGCAACGAAUGCGAAUAUCGACUUCGGGAACGGGUUUUUCAACGACCACCACUUUCAUUAUGGUUAUUUUCUCUCUGUGGCUGCAACAAUCGCCAAGUACGACAUAACGUGGUUGAAUAAACAUAAGGACUAUAUUAACUGGUUUGCACGGGAUAUUAUCAAUCCGUCGUCUGAAGAUCCCUUCUUUCCAAUCACCCGCUGUCGAGACUGGUUCGCGGGUCACUCCUGGGCGUCUGGAAUUGCGAAUGGCGCGGGUAGUCGAGACCAAGAGUCGACUGGUGAGGCUGUGAAUGGAUACUAUGGUGCGGCUCUCUGGGCGUCUGUUGCGCUCUCAAAUGACUUCUUAAACUAUGCAAGGCUCCUGUUAGCUACGGAAAUCCACGGUGCCCAGGUUUACUGGCACCUCUACCCAAGUCUAAGCUCGACAGACCUUAAUAACCCCUACUCUGAGCAGGGUAUGAGAGAGUUAAUCACAAUAGGUAAUGUGGAGGAUUGGCAAUCUGGAGCCUGGCUCUUUUGGGGAAAUCAGAAGAGCGAAAUCGCAGCAAUACAACAGUUACCAGUCACACCUGCCAGUGAGGACCUCUAUGACACUGAGUGGGUAGAAAGCGUGUGGUCCUAUGCAAUGGAUGAGCUCCUAGAUCCUAGCAUCGACGAUUCUUGGAAAUGUGUCAUAGUCGCUGCAUACUCGAACGCGAACCCGCAAGUUGCCGCUCAAUGGAGUGCGAACAUGACUAGUUGGGGUACUGGCCAGACAUACACGAACGAACUUUAUUUUAUUGGAACACGACCAAACCCGAGCGGGGCAUCAAUCUGUGGUGUAGUUCCUCAGAACCCAUACGGAGUAUUCCACAUUCAGGAGGCAUCUUCAGGCAACUAUGUGACUGCGUCCAGUGCUGAUACAAAUCUCACCGUCUCGGCCAAUAUUGAGACGGCAGUAAACUUUAACAGCACCUUUGUCCCGAACGCUGGCACACUCCAGCUCACAAGCACAAGUCAGUAUGUGACGGCCGACAGCUCGGGUAACUACACACUCGCAGCAAGUCGUGCAACACCGUCGAGCUGGGAGCGAUUUGUCAUCCGCCAGAAAACUGGAGCUGCUUCGGGCGUGUAUUCGAUCAAGGCCGCCAGCAAUGGAUUUUACAUCACUGUCAACAGUGACGGGUGGCUUAUUAAUAAUGGGGCAAACGAGGCAGAUAGCGCCGGUUUCUAUUUCCAUUCGGCGCAGUCGGCGGAACCCAAGACAUACGCCAUUUGGCCAAAUGUUUGA